AUGAUCCGCACCGCAACCCGUCGGCUCGCCGCUUCCAGCAAAAUGUCAAGCCCCUCCUCGUCGUCCUCUCUCUCCGCCCCGCGCCUCACGGCGUCCGCGCCCACGUCGGAUCUGACGCCCGCCUACUACCGUACCACGCCGCCUCCUCACUGGACGAACGUGGCGAAGCCCAAGUCGGAAGGCCAGAAGCUCGACACAUCGCGGCGGGUCUUCAAGUCGCCGUGGGAUUCGGCGGCGGACAACACCUUCCUCACCUUCUUGCGUGGGCGGCUGUUCGACUGGGACGAGGUGCCGCUGCCGCCAAAGACGGCCAGCAAGUCUGGCGACCCGGUGCUGCCCCACGUCCUCAAGCCCAAGUGGACCGUCGCGGCUGACGAGUCUGGCAAACAGUCGCCGUCGUCGUCGCCGUCGGGGGACAGCAAGGACACCGGCGUGACGUUCACCUGGCUCGGUCACGCCGCGGUCCACCUCCAGAUCCCAGUCGGCAGCGGCAAGACGGUAUCCGUCCUGUGCGACCCGGUCCUCUCGAAACGAUGCUCACCCUUUCAGUGGCUCGGGCCGGCGAGGUACACCGAGAGCCCGACGUCGGUCGAGGAAAUGAUCGAGGCGACCAUCAGCGGCGGCCACAAGGCGUGGCCCGACGUCGUCGUCUUGAGCCACAACCACUACGACCACCUCGACUACGACACCAUUGCCAAGCUGCUGAACCCUCCGGCUUCGUCUGGCCUGAAGCCCCCGCACGUCUUCUGCACGCUCGGCAACCGUUCGUGGUUCGAGGACAACUUCAAGCUGUCCUCAUCGCAGGUGACCGAGUGCGACUGGUGGCAGCAGUCUGUCGUGUCCCUCGACGGUGCCGAGUCGCUUCGCCUGACCUGCGUCCCCGCACAGCACUUUUCGGGCCGAGGCAUUCUGGAUCGCAACCGCACCCUGUGGGCCGGAUGGACGUUCGAGGCGCUCGGUGGAGAGUCGGCGGGAGCCAAGGUCUACUUUGCCGGCGACACCGGCUAUCGUACCGUUCCGCGCGGCAUGGGUCGCGAGCAGGAAGGCAGCCUUCCUACCUGCCCCGCCUUCAAGGAGAUCGGCGACCUCCUGGGCCCCUUUGACCUCUCCCUCAUCCCGAUCGGCGCCUACCUGCCGCGCUACGUCAUGUCGACGGUCCACGUCGCUCCUCAGGAUUCGGUGCUCGUGCACCGCGACGUCAAGAGCAGGAAGAGCUUCGGCAUCCACUGGGGCAGCUUCCGCCUCACGCCCGAGGACGUCAACGAGCCGCCCAAGCUGCUGGUCGACGAGGCCAAGAAGGCCGGCCUCGAUCCGGAAGAGUUUGGCACGGUCAAGAUCGGCGAGAGCGUGCUCGUCGAGGUCCGCCGCGACGCUGCUCCCGUCCAGGCUCAGGCGCAGGCGCAGGCACAGGCGCAGGCACAGGAGGAGCGGCCCCAGGCCGUCGGCGAGGGCGAGCCGCUGCCCGAGUCCAAGCUCGGGACCAAGGCCCACUGGGACUCGGUCUACGAGCGCGAGGUCAACACGUUCCAGGAGAUUGGCGAGGAGGGUGAGGUGUGGUUCGGCGAGGACUCGGUGAUGCGCAUGAUCCGCCACCUGGAGAAGCACUACACCGACGAGGAUAUCGUCGCGCAGAGGGAAGAGCAGGGCGCCUCUGCCCCCACCGUCCUCGACCUGGGCACGGGCAAUGGGCACCUGCUUUUCGAGAUGCUCGAGUCGUCUGCGGAUCUCGAAGAGGUGCUCGACCCGGAGAGAAUGGUGGGCGUCGACUACUCGGACGCAUCGAUCCAGCUGGCCAAGGCCGUGGGCGAGAAGCGCGGCGGCGACUGCCCCAGUGUGCGCUUCCGAUCUGCCGAUCUGAUGGACGCGGUCCAGGUCGAGCAGCUGGUUCAGAUGCCCAAGGGCGAGCUCGGGAGCGACGAGGCGGGCUGGGACCUGGUCUGCGACAAGGGCACGCUCGACGCCAUCGCGCUCUCGUCGCAGCCGAUCGAGGGCCAGACGCCCAUCCAGCUCUACACGCGCGCAGUCGAGAAGCUGGUCAAGCCGCCCAAGGGCGACGUUAAUGGCGGCAUCUUCCUCAUCACCAGCUGCAACUUUACCGAGGCCGAGCUGGUGGAGCGCUUCACGCAUGCUGGCUUCGAGGUUGAUACCGUCAUCCCGACGCCAUCCUUCACUUUCGGCGGCGCCAAGGGCUCUUCGACGACCUCGAUCGCCUUCCGGCGCAUCUAG